CUUAAAAGUUUAACGUAUUUAUAUAAAAACUUUAACAUUUCACGAACAUGACAUUAUUUAGCAUUUGACCACAAUUGGAAUAAUAACGCUAAACAAAAUGAAAUUGUUUUUGAUUGGUUUGGCCUUGGUGGCUGUUGUGGUAGCUGAUGUUUCAGAAUUAGGAUAUAAUUAUCCUGAAGGUUCACCACCAUUCGCUGAUGGCAGCUCUGCUGGCUCAUCGUCCCACGGUGGACACUCAUCGGGCGGUGCUGGUGGUUACGGAAGUGCUAGCCAGACAUCGUCUUCUUAUGGCAGUGUUGGUCACUCUUCAGGUGGUUUCGGUGAUGCUGGUGGCUUUGGCGGUGCUGGCAGUCACUCAUCAACACACGGUAGUGUAAGUCACACUUCUGGUGGUGCUGGUGGUCACUCUUCCGGUGGAUUUGGUGGUGCUAGCGGACACUCUUCGGGUGGAUUCGGCGGCUCUUCAUCAUCUCACGGUAGUGUAGGUCACUCAUCUGGUGGUCACUCUUCUGGUGGAUUCGGUGGUUCCAGCGGUCACUCUUCCGGUGGUGCUUCAGGCGGAUUUGGCGGUCACUCUUCAUCAUCUCACGGUAGUGUAGGUCACUCCUCAGGUGGUCACUCAUCUGGUGGAUUCGGUGGUUCCAGCGGUCACUCUUCCGGUGGUGCUUCAGGCGGAUUUGGCGGUCACUCUUCAUCAUCUCACGGUAGUGUAGGUCACUCCUCAGGUGGUCACUCUUCUGGUGGAUUCGGCGGUGCUAGUGGCCACUCUUCCGGUGGUGCUUCAGGCGGAUUUGGCGGUUCCAGCGGUCACUCUUCAUCAUCUCACGGUAGUGUAGGUCACUCCUCCGGUGGUCACUCUUCUGGUGGAUUCGGCGGUGCCAGUGGUCACUCUUCCGGUGGUGCUUCAGGCGGAUUUGGCGGUUCCAGCGGUCACUCUUCAUCAUCUCACGGUAGUGUUGGUCACUCAUCUGGUGGUUUCGGUGGUUCUGCUGGUCACUCUGCUGGCGGUCACUCUUCUGGUGGAUUCGGCGGUGCCAGUGGUCACUCUUCCGGUGGUGUUUCAGGCGGAUUUGGCGGUUCCAGCGGUCACUCUUCAUCAUCUCACGGUAGUGUUGGUCACUCUGCUGGCGGUCACUCUUCCGGUGGCUUCGGCGGUGCUAGCGGUCACUCUUCAUCGUCUCACGGUAGUGUAGGUCACUCCUCCGGUGGUCACUCAUCUGGUGGUUUCGGUGGUUCGGCUGGUCACUCUUCAGGCGGUUUCGGUGGUUCUGCUGGUCACUCUUCCGGCGGUGCUAGCGGUCACUCUUCAUCAUCUCACGGUAGUGUAGGUCACUCUUCAGGCAGCGGAUUCGGUUCCGGUUCUUCAGGUGCUGGACACUCUUCUGGCAGUGGAUUCGGUUCUGGUUCUGGUUCUUCAGGUGCUGGACAUUCUUCCGGAAGUUCUCACCAUGGUGCUUCUUCUGGAUCAUCUGGUUCAUUCUCCAGUGGCAGCUCUCACCACGGUGCUGCUGUUAACCGUGAAUAUAUUCCACCCGCAUCUGGCUCUCACUCCAGCGGUAGCUCCCACCAUGGAUCCUCCACCGGUAGCUCCGGCUCUGGUCAUGGAUCUUCAUCAGGUGGCUCCCACCAUGGAUCCUCCUCCGGAAGCUCAGGACACGGUUCCAGCUCUUUCACCUCCGGUAGUUCUCACCAUGGUUCCAGUCACGGCUCUGGCAGCUCUGGUCAUGGUUCUUCAUCAGGUGCUCCCCAUCAUGGAUCCACCUCCGGAAGCUCAGGACACGGUUCCAGCUCUUUCUCCUCCGGUAGUUCUCACCAUGGUUCCAGUCACGGCUCUGGCAGCUCUGGUCAUGGAUCAAGUGGCUCCCAUCAUGCUGCUUCAGCUCCUUCUGCCUCCUAUUCUUCCUUUGAUUCCUUUGGCACUACUGCUGGUUCCUCUCCUUCUCGUGAAUACUUGUCACCAGCAGCAACCUCACACUCUACCGGCAGCUCCUCUCAAUACGGUGCUGCUUCUGCCCCCGCUUCAUCUUACUCAACUGGCAGUUCCUCUCAUUUCGGUUCUGCUUCUGCACCUGCUUCUUCUUACUCUACUGUCAGUUCAUCUCAAUACGGUGCUGCUUCCGCCCCCGCUUCAUCUUACUCCAGCGGCUCCUCUGAUGAUGACACUUAUUCCGGCUUUUCUGGAUCGUAUGGUGAUGCUUCCAAUGUUCAUGUAUCCAGCACCAAUGGUAAAGGUUACGACUAUCCCCAACCCCAUGGCGCUUUCUUCAAAUAAAUUUCUUACGAACUAAGCGUGUUGGAAUAAAUAUGUAUAUCUAAAUAAUGGUCAAAAAUUAAACCAAAUUAAUAAUAAUGUGACGUAUCUUAUAAGUACUGAAAGAAUUGUUAAAAUUAUAGGACUUAGAUAUUUUCCGUAGUUUAUGAAAAUAAAAAAAAGUCAAUGUUUUUACGAAAUAUAUAACAA